CACACCACUUCCUCGGCCCUGAGACUUUGUCCCCGCCCCUUCUCCCCGCCCUUCCAGCCACGAGGGAAAAUCCUAGCGAGUCAUGGCCUCUAGUUUCCUUUUGAUUGGUAGAAGCCGGACUGGGGGGCGGGCGCUGCCGGGCAACUCUACCGGCCGCGAUUGGCUGCUGGAGCCACCGUCCCGCCUCCCAGCGACUCUCGGCGGUGCCGGAGUCGGGUGGGUUGGCGGCUAUAAAGCUGGUGGCGAAGGGGAGGCGCCGCGGACUGUCCUUUCGUGGCUCACUCCCUUUCCUCUGCUGCCGCUCGGUCACGCUUGCUCUUUCACCAUGCCUGGAUCACUUCCUUUGAAUGCAGAAGCUUGCUGGCCAAAAGAUGUGGGAAUCGUUGCCCUUGAGAUCUAUUUUCCUUCUCAAUAUGUUGAUCAAGCAGAGUUGGAAAAAUAUGAUGGUGUAGAUGCUGGAAAGUAUACCAUUGGCUUGGGCCAGGCCAAGAUGGGCUUCUGCACAGAUAGAGAAGAUAUUAACUCUCUUUGCAUGACUGUGGUUCAGAAUCUUAUGGAGAGAAAUAACCUUUCCUAUGAUUGCAUUGGGCGGCUGGAAGUUGGAACAGAGACAAUCAUCGACAAAUCAAAGUCUGUGAAGACUAAUUUGAUGCAGCUGUUUGAAGAGUCUGGGAAUACAGAUAUAGAAGGAAUCGACACAACUAAUGCAUGCUAUGGAGGCACAGCUGCUGUCUUCAAUGCUGUUAACUGGAUUGAAUCCAGCUCUUGGGAUGGACGGUAUGCCCUGGUAGUUGCAGGAGAUAUUGCUGUAUAUGCCACAGGAAAUGCUAGACCUACAGGUGGAGUUGGAGCAGUAGCUCUGCUAAUUGGGCCAAAUGCUCCUUUAAUUUUUGAACGAGGGCUUCGUGGGACACAUAUGCAACAUGCCUAUGAUUUUUACAAGCCUGAUAUGCUAUCUGAAUAUCCUAUAGUAGAUGGAAAACUCUCCAUACAGUGCUACCUCAGUGCAUUAGACCGCUGCUAUUCUGUCUACUGCAAAAAGAUCCGUGCCCAGUGGCAGAAAGAGGGAAAUGAUAAAGAUUUUACCUUGAAUGAUUUUGGCUUCAUGAUCUUUCACUCACCAUAUUGUAAACUGGUUCAGAAAUCUCUAGCUCGGAUGUUGCUGAAUGACUUCCUUAAUGACCAGAAUAGAGAUAAAAAUAGUAUCUAUAGUGGCCUGGAAGCCUUUGGGGAUGUUAAAUUAGAAGACACCUACUUUGAUAGAGAUGUGGAGAAGGCAUUUAUGAAGGCUAGCUCUGAACUCUUCAGUCAGAAAACAAAGGCAUCUUUACUUGUAUCAAAUCAAAAUGGAAAUAUGUACACAUCUUCAGUAUAUGGUUCCCUUGCAUCUGUUCUAGCACAGUACUCACCUCAGCAAUUAGCAGGGAAGAGAAUUGGAGUGUUUUCUUAUGGUUCUGGUUUGGCUGCCACUCUGUACUCUCUUAAAGUCACACAAGAUGCUACACCAGGGUCUGCUCUUGAUAAAAUAACAGCAAGUUUAUGUGAUCUUAAAUCAAGGCUUGAUUCAAGAACUGGUGUGGCACCAGAUGUCUUCGCUGAAAACAUGAAGCUCAGAGAGGACACCCAUCAUUUGGUCAACUAUAUUCCCCAGGGUUCAAUAGAUUCACUCUUUGAAGGAACGUGGUACUUAGUUAGGGUGGAUGAAAAGCACAGAAGAACUUACGCUCGGCGUCCCACUCCAAAUGAUGACACUUUGGAUGAAGGAGUAGGACUUGUGCAUUCAAACAUAGCAACUGAGCAUAUUCCAAGCCCUGCCAAGAAAGUACCAAGACUCCCUGCCACAGCAGCAGAACCUGAAGCAGCUGUCAUUAGUAAUGGGGAACAUUAAGAUACUCUGUGAGGUGCAAGACUUCAGGGAGGGGGUGGGCAUGGGGUGGGAGUAUGGGAACGGUUGGAGGAAUGGGAUAUCUGGGGAUAAUUUUAAAGGAUUACAUGUUACGUAAAUUUUUAUGUGACUGACAUGGAGCCUGGAUGACUAUCGUGUACUUGGGAAAGUCUCUUUGCUCUAUUUGCUGACAUGCUUCCUGUUGUGGUCUGGCCAAUGCCAAAUGUACUCGAAUGAUGUUAAGGGCUCUGUAAAACUUCAUACCUCUUUGGCCAUUUGUAUGCAUGAUGUUUGGUUUUUAAACAUGGUAUAAUGAAUUGUGUACUUCUGUCAGAAGAAAGCAGAGGUACUAAUCUCCAAUUAAAAAUUUUUUUAACAUGUAAGAUUUUGUACUUUGAACAACAAGAUUACAGAAAGUACCUGUGGUUUUUGGAAAACAUUUCUAGCUUGGGGAAUGUGACAACAUUCCCCAGUGUGGUGAAAUUGGGGUAAAAUGUGGUAAAAUGUGAUAUGCACAAACCCUUUGAAAAUAGCAAAACAAACAUGCCCUUUUUCUAAAAUUGAUAAAUCCUAAAGAGGAAGAAAAGAGUUGGGACAAUAAAACACUGGCUCUGGAAUCUGGAAUGUUAAGUCCAGGCCAGCAGUGACAAAAGUUAUUGUAAUAACCUCUGAACAGAGAAACACUGCCAUUGAAGAGGCUUCUGGUAUAGAAAACAUGGUACAUUCAGGAGCUGUGAAUAUAGCUCUAGGUGUGCUCCUGAAUCAGUUCAUGGUAGAUUAUGCUGAACAACAGUGAGAUGUUAUUGGAGGUGUAGAUGAGGGAGUUUGUUGUUGCAGUCCUUCUUUGCACCUUAUUUUAAAGAAUAAAUGAAACAUUUUUCUGGUUACUUUUUUAAAAAUUUAAAAUGGAAGGGAAGAAUAGGGGCAGGGCAUUAUUAGGCUAUUUCUGAUGCUUCAGUGUUAUAAAUUCAACAUAGAGGCUGACAACCUAAAGUCAUGGUGUAACACAGCUCUUUUCCUUUUCCUUUUUUUUUUUUUUUUAGUAUCUGUUCAAUGAAAAUAAGGUAUGACCCAAGUUUUUACCUAGUCUGACUAGAAGUAUUCCACUUCAAGGUCUGAAGUAGGACUUUUACCUUAAAAAAAAAACAACAACAAACAAAACUAUCACAUAGGAUAGAUAAGAAGAUUGGUUAAACAGUUUUGUGUAGAUCUUUUUGGUGCUGAACUAUGACAUGAGCCUUAUAGAUUGUAAAAUAGGGAUAGUUGGAACUAAUGUACAGAACUAAAUUUUUUAAACUUUAUUUGCUGUUAAAUUCUGUGAAGUUUCAGUUAUCUAAAAUAAAUAUACACAAAUAUGAAAUAUAAUGUUUCAGAUUACAAGGUAAUAUGUAAUAGUAGUGUUUGUAAGAUACUCUUGUCUGAUAUUAACUAGUAGUAUUUCGAUUUGUACAGUCAUAAUUUGUUAAAAUGACUUCAUUUAACAUUCACUGAUGUAGAUUAAUAAUGUAAGUUCUGAUUUAAAGAAUGGUGGGAAAAUGGUGCAUGUAAUACUUUUGCAAGUGUUGGGGAGAUCGGUAUGUUUUGAAAAGAGUAAUUUAACUUUUGGGUGCCAGGAAAUGGGUUUUCUCAAAGUCCAUUGCUGGCAAUGGGCAGGCCUGCAAAUACUGGCACAGAGCAUUAAUCAUACACCUUAUUAACGGUGAGGUGAAUAACUUUGAAAUAAAGUUUUAGAGAAAUGUUUCA